AUGGUACUGGACGGAGACCAAGCUGACCCGACACGGACGAAGCUCAUGAACAGAGAAGGCUUGUUGGGACAGAUCGACAUGCUUUCCCCUCUACCCUUCCCAGGAGCUGUGAAAUACUGCUUGAGCAGGAUGUCUCCGGCGUCUAGUGAUCCGGAUUUCCAAGCUGAAGACCUGAGCGGUUAUGUUCUCAACGUGAUCAACCCAAGCGUCGAGUAUCAAGCCCCUAUCCAGAGUACUCGCAGUCUUCUUGCAACCCAGCGCCAUGCCGCUACGACGGACGAUUUUUAG